CAGGGGAGUCCUGGGGAUGCCCGUGUCCCAGAAGAGGGUUUUCAGUGUGUGCUGGGGCACUGCAGGGAGGUGGGGGCUGCUGGUGUUUGCCUUGGCUGCUGGGCUGUUUGCACACCAACACUUCUGCAUUAGGUUCUGGGAUGGAGCAGCACUGCCUGCUGCCAAGUUAUAUGAACACUGCCUCUGGGUAGCAGGAGGUGUGGGGUGGCUGUGCUGGCGGGCACGUAGGGAUGGUGGGCACGGGGUGGCACUGUCCCCGGGGGGUUGCAACACUGGGGCUGGCAGUGGGGGGCAAGAGGUUGCCACAGCCUGACACUAUUGCACAAAUCAUGCUUAGAACCCAAUAUUAUUAUUUUCUCCUUGCUGUGUUGCGUUGUCAGCGGCCACGGUGCCAAGCAGCUGCCUGGAAAUGAUGUCAGAGCCCAACUUCAGCACGCAGCCUGCAGAGCCGCCAGCUCCUGCUGUGCCCUGUGCGGGAUAUGGGUGCCACGAGACCCCUGAGCCAUGCGCUGCCCAGGGCCUGGAGUGAGGUGGCACCCACAUAUAACUAGAGUGAGGUCUCAGGGAACUGCUCCACCACCCACUCUGGGGAGCCCCAUGGGUCCCCAUCGGGCGCAGGAGGGUCGCAGCAAGGCCCCGCAUGCAUCCCACUGCUGUGGGGUGAGUGCCGGAAAGGAGAGCGCUGCCUAUUGCUUUAAGCUCCCUCCCCGACCACGGGUAUUUUUUUAUUUUUUCUCCCGCUCUAUGAAUGGGUUUUGCUGUAAAUUAUAGCUUUGCACACAUUCCCUCGGGUCGAGGAAAAUAACCUCUGCCGAAAAGCCAGCCCGGAUUGGUGAGCGGCUCCCCCUCUCCGCUCCCUAAUUGAAACCAAAUGUGCGAGAUGUAGGAUUGUGGGAUUUCUGGCCGGCUCCCAGGAAUCCGCAGAAUGUGAGCGCGCUCGCAGAGGCAUCUUGCAUCAGCCCAGGGAAGUUCGCUCCUCGCCUGGCUCCCGCCGCCCGGGCGAGGGGCGAGCAGCUCGCCUGCUGCCGUCCCCAUCCCGCUCCGGACUCUCGCCAUGCCGGCCCUGCCCAGAGCUGCCCUGCUGCUGCUAUUGCUUCUGCUGCUGUGCAUCCUGCUGGCAGCCAGAGCCCAGGUCAACCCUGCUGUGUGCCGGUACCCUCUGGGAAUGUCGGGUGGGCACAUCCCUGAUGAGGACAUCUCAGCCUCCAGCCAGUGGUCUGAGUCCACGGCCGCCAAGUAUGGACGGCUGGACUCGGAGGAGGGUGAUGGCGCCUGGUGCCCCGAGAUCCCAGUAGAGCCUGACGACCUGAAGGAGUUCCUGCAGAUCGACCUGCAUGCCCUGCACUUCAUCACACUGGUGGGCACCCAGGGCCGUCACGCCGGGGGGCAUGGCAACGAGUUUGCCCCUAUGUACAAGAUCAACUACAGCCGGGAUGGCACCCGCUGGAUCUCCUGGCGGAACCGGCACGGGAAGCAGGUCCUGGAUGGAAACUCCAACCCCUACGACAUCGUCCUCAAGGACCUGGAGCCACCGCUCAUUGCGCGCUUCGUCCGUUUCAUCCCCGUCACUGACCACUCCAUGAACGUGUGCCUGCGUGUGGAGCUGUACGGCUGUGCGUGGCUUGACGGGCUGGUGUCCUACAGUGCUCCGGCCGGGCAGCAGCUCGUCCUACCCAGCGGUACCGUCAUUUACCUGAACGACUCUGUGUAUGAUGGGGCCUUCGGGUACAGCAUGACGGAGGGCCUGGGCCAGCUGACAGAUGGCGUGUCAGGGCUGGAUGACUUCACACAGACCCACGAGUACCACGUCUGGCCAGGCUAUGACUACGUGGGCUGGCGCAAUGAAAGCACCGCCGGCGGCUACGUGGAGAUCACCUUCGAGUUCGACCGCAUCAGGAACUUCACCACGAUGAAGGUGCACUGCAACAACAUGUUCGCCAAAGGGGUGAAGAUCUUCAAGGAGGUGCAGUGCUAUUUCCGAUCCGAUGCCAGCGAGUGGGAGCCCAACGCCAUCUCCUCGGUGCUGGUGCUGGACGACGUCAACCCCAGUGCCCGCUUCGUCACCGUGCCCCUGCUGCACCGCAUGGCCAGCGCCAUCAAGUGCCAGUACUACUUUGCUGAUACCUGGAUGAUGUUCAGCGAGAUCACCUUUCAAUCGGAUGCAGCCAUGUACAACAACUCAGCAAUUCCCCCGGAGAUGCCCAUGGCCCCCACCACAUACGACCCCACGCUCAAGAUGGAUGAUAGCAACACACGCAUCCUGAUCGGGUGCCUGGUGGCAAUCAUCUUCAUCCUGGUGGCCAUCAUAGUCAUCAUUCUGUGGCGGCAGUUCUGGCAGAAGAUGCUGGAAAAGGCAUCACGGAGGAUGCUGGAUGACGAGAUGACCGUCAGCCUCUCCCUGCCCAGCGAAUCCAGCAUGUUCAACCACAAUCGCUCCUCCUCCUCCAGCGAGCACGAGUCCAAUUCCACCUACGACCGCAUAUUUCCCUUGGGUCCGGACUACCAGGAGCCCUCACGCCUGAUUCGCAAGCUGCCUGAGUUCACGGCGGGUGAGGAGGACACGGGCUGCAGUGGCCUCGUGAAGCCAUCCCCAGCCAGCGGCCCCGAGGGUGUCCCGCAUUAUGCCGAGGCUGAGAUUGUGAACCUGCAGGGCGUCACGGGUGGCAACACCUACUCGGUGCCAGCCCUCACCAUGGACCUGCUGUCUGGCAAGGAUGUGGCCGUUGAGGAGUUCCCCAGGAAGCUGCUGACCUUCAAAGAGAAGCUAGGGGAGGGCCAGUUUGGGGAGGUUCAUCUCUGUGAGGUGGAGGGGAUGGAGAAGUUCGCAGACAAGGAAUUCACCCUGGAGGGCUUGGAUGCCAGCCCUAACUGCCCCGUUCUAGUGGCUGUGAAGAUGCUGCGGGCUGAUGCCAACAAGAAUGCCAGGAAUGAUUUCCUGAAGGAAAUCAAGAUCAUGUCACGGCUCAAGGACCCCAACAUCAUCCGACUGCUGGCGGUGUGCAUCACGGACGACCCGCUGUGCAUGAUCACUGAGUACAUGGAGAACGGUGACCUCAACCAGUUUCUGUCCCGCCACGAGGCACAGAGCCCUGCCGACGCCCAGGUGCCCACCAUCAGCUACAGCGACCUGCGCUUCAUGGCCACUCAGAUCGCCUCCGGCAUGAAAUACCUGUCCUCCCUCAACUUCGUGCACCGUGACCUGGCCACACGCAACUGCCUGGUGGGCAAGAGGUACACCAUCAAGAUCGCCGACUUCGGCAUGAGCCGGAACCUCUACAGCGGGGAUUACUACCGCAUCCAGGGCCGUGCCGUGCUGCCCAUCCGUUGGAUGUCCUGGGAGAGCAUCCUGCUGGGCAAAUUCACCACGGCCAGUGAUGUGUGGGCAUUUGGUGUGACACUGUGGGAGACUUUCACGCUGUGCCGGGAGCAGCCCUACUCACAGCUGUCUGAUGAGCAGGUCAUCGAGAACACCGGAGAGUUCUUCCGGGACCAGGGCCGGCAGACGUACCUUCCCAAGCCUGCACUGUGCCCUGAUUCUGUCUAUAAGCUAAUGCUGAGCUGCUGGAGACGGGACACUAAAGACCGUCCGUCCUUCCAGGACCUGCACCGCCAGCUGCAGGAGGCGGCCACCGAGGAGUGACCCCGUGCUCAGCGGGCACCACUUCCCAGGAGGAGAGCCCCAGUGCGGCAGGGGGAGCACAGGGCAGCACGGCCCCGGGGCUCCGAGCUGGGAGCGCUGCGGGCUGGACAGAGGUUAUUUAUUGGGGAUGGUGACUUUGUGGGCCCAGGACCACGUGCCUUAAGGGAACCCAUCCGGUUCCUCGCCGUGCACCAUCAGACCCCUGCAUGUGGACAGGAAGAACUGUGGAUUUCAGGGUGCACGGACCCCUCUGACUUUUUUUUUACACCGUUACUUCAUCGCGGCACCAUUCGCAGUACCCUAUUGCUGAGGCAUGUAUAUAUUCAGUAGAAGCACCUGUAUAUACGGGAGAACCCGCUGAAGAGAUGCUCGGUGUCGUGGUUUCCUUGGGGCUCCCGGGUGACACGUGGGAACGCGGCCCCAAAGAG